UGCAGCGUGAAGAAAGAUAUUAGACUGGACAUCUGUUUUUAAAAGAAGUGAAAAAGAAAAAUUUCUGGACCAUAGAAGAAGCAGAGUGUUACAUCUGGAGCCACCUAAGCUGCUUGAGUCAGGGCAGGAGAAGUUAACGAACGAAUAAUCAUGACAUCUUAUGAGCAAGGUCAGUCUCCAACUCGGUGUGGUCCGCAGUUUCCCAGCUUGGGACAGGAGCCUCCAGAGCUGAGCCUUUACAGCGAUAACUACUAUCCUCCUCCAUCACUGCCAAGUCCACAGAGGACAAACCCCUCCUCAUAUGAUCUUGGGGAAUACGCAACUUCAUCUUCUAAUCCAUAUCUGUGGUUUAGUGGUACUGGGAUCAACACUUCUACAUAUUUGGGUGGUGCCCCAGGUCCUGCUGUACCCUCCUUCAUGCCACAGCACUAUGGCAUGCAGAGGCCCUACCUUGGGCAAGGAGGUCCUGGCGGUGCCGGAGGAGAACUGAGUUGGUUCUCCAUGCCUUCUCAGGAGGACCUAAUGAAGCUUGUCAGGCCACCUUAUUCAUACUCAGCACUAAUUGCUAUGGCAAUACAUGGUGCUCCAGAUCGACGCCUGACUCUGAGUCAGAUUUAUCAGUAUGUAGCAGAUAAUUUUCCUUUCUACAAUAAGAGCAAAGCUGGCUGGCAAAACUCCAUUCGCCACAACCUAUCACUGAAUGACUGUUUCAAGAAAGUUCCUCGAGAUGAAGAUGACCCUGGCAAAGGUAAUUACUGGACCCUUGACCCAAACUGUGAAAAGAUGUUUGACAAUGGCAACUUCAGGCGCAAGAGGAAAAGAAAGACUGAUGGUAUUGUCGGGAAGGGCAGCUCUGGUGGAACUCUAAGUUCAGAGCCAGAAGAUGAAAGUGGAAGCCCCAAAAAUGCAACACUUGACAGUUCAGCCUCAACUGAGAAAGCUCCGGCCAUGGGCCCCCCGCCUUGCCUGAGCAACUUCCUGGCAGAAAUGUCUGGGGUAUCAGCCGGGUCUGUGGAAGGGGGUGAAGAACCCAUUAAUCGCCCUACCCCUUUCAGCCUGCCGGGGGAUUCCACAACAAGAGCAACACAAUCAUCAGGCUUUGGCUCCUACUCCCCAGGUUCCACAAUCAAUGAGUGGGCACCUGCUCUCCCACCACCUCCUUCCAUCUCUCCCUCAGGGUCUCAUGCCACUUUAGGCUACAACAGCCCUGCUCUCAACCAGUUUAGUGGCCAUUUCUACCCUGGAUUGAACUCAACCGGCAUUCUCUAUGCCCGAGAGGGCACAGAGGUGUGACAGAACUGCACAAAAAUCUACAGUCAAUACGAAUUAGCACAAGCUGCAUAGUGAACAAGCCAGAGACUGAUGGGAGAAAAUUGCUUCACACAUAGAUCUCACAUAAUACUACCAGUUGAGUGGUUUUGGUUGAAUGCUGAAACGGCCCUGUGAGUGUAAGAUUACAGCAGAUUCCCACAGGAACAGCUCAGUCAGCAUCAUGAUGUGCGUGAUACUAACAAAGAACACCAGCAGCUUCGAUGUGAGGUGUGCUGCUGACAUCAUGCCAUUCCGUCCAGCUAUCUUUGCUGAUCAUAUCACUAAAACUGUAAGCACCUGUAUGCACACCGAACUAAAAAAAAGUCUUUAACAAGCAGAGUAACCUUAGAGAAAGUGCAUGAGGUGCAACAUUCUUUAUUCUUUGCCUAUAUGUUGAUCCUUUUGUUUUGUUUUUUAUUUUAUCUUGACUACAUAAUGAAAAGUUGUGAUGUCAUUUUACUCAUAAGGAUAUGACAAAAUGUUGUACAGAAUUUUAUGUAUGCUUUCUGUGACUUUUUUAAUAAAUUUUUUUAAACAGUA